CGAAAACGAAAAAAUUUCCAAUAAUUUUUUUUAAAAACUUUCCAACAAAAAAUUAAUUUAAUCUUAAUAAUAUGUUGAUGAGUUUAAGUAUUUUAAAGACUCUUUAAUCACUUUGUGUUUAAUCUUAACGAUGUAGUGAUCAUUAGUGUUUGUGUUUUUUUAAUUUUUAAAAUGAAUCGAGUUAAAAUUUGUUUUCAAAUUAAUUUCAUCGUUUUAGUGUUGACAGGAAUUUCUGAAGGUAGUUGUCAAUUUCCAAAACAAUGGUCGGGAAAAUGGUUUCAAUCGGGCGUCAUCAGCCACAUCCAAAUCAACUCGACCUACAUCGAAACGAAAGGCGAGUGUUACGAAGAACAAGGCGAAAAAGUCGUGGUCUACGAUCGUUCAGAAAAUUGUUACCGAUGCAUGGCGAUCCACGUAAAACAUCCAAGCGUGCUCCAAUACAAAGAAACGUUUUGCGAACCAUCCUCCCAAGAUAUCUGUUACGAUAUAUCCGGGGAUGCCCCGCUAUACAGCAUGUUUCGAAAAAUUCCCGAAGCAAAGCCGAUUCCUUGUCCGUUUAAAAGCGCACCUUUCACGUUUCAAUAUAAUAAAGGCAGCGAGGAAUGUACGAAUCCCCCAAGUAAAGCGGAAAGUUGUACUGAUGAUUCAAGAUUGGUUUUGAAAUAUCAAGCGUGUCCCGAUGUACCAGGUACGGAAAGUAACGUCGAAGAAUUAAUAUGUUUAGCGGUUUGGAAAGAGGGUUCAACGAGAUAUUUAGUCGGGAAAAUAUCCCAAUGGAAUCGUCGCAGUUUAAAUACCGAUGAAGACCAAUUCCGAUGUUUUAUUUACCAAAGAGUAAUCGGAAGAGAUGGCGAAGUUAUUUAUAAUAUAGCGCAAUCGGGCGAUGCGUCUUGUAAUGGAAUUACAAACGCGUUGGAAGGAUCCAAAACGAUGAAGUUGCGAACCGUUGAUAACCAUCAUAAUCGUUGCAAAUUCCCAACUUGGAUAACCGACCACCACACUUGGUUGAGUUUGGAUCAUAAAAAAACUUACAAGUUUUCGCAACGAAACGCAACGUUAAAAAUCGUCGAUGAAGAUCCGAAAUUGUUGACGCCGUCGCGGCAAAGACACGAUAAUUACGCGGCACAAUUCGCGUUUCAAACGUUGGGGUUUGAAUCGCAAGAACAAAGAAAAACUAACGCUGAAAUGAGGGUGGUGUGUCAUAGUAUUUUGCAAUCGGUCGAACAAAGAAAAGUGCAGAUUGUUGCUCAUAUUACACAUGGAUGUGAUAGCGGAUAUAUUUGCAUGGUUUUUCAUAAACGCGACUCCGGGGUUAUUGAAAUACAACAAUCCGGGCACGAAACUGGUUAUGAAGAGAACGCCGAUGACGCUUGUAAGAAUUUUGAUCCGAUUAAUACUCCGUAUACAACCUUAAUAACAACAACUCUCCAUCCACAAAAUUGCCCCCACUUGGGUCGUUACACUCUCGAACCAACCCCAGGAUCUUCCACCACCGAAGAACGUCGCAAGAAACGUCAACAACCCUCCACCCAAUCCACCCCUAACUCCAACUCAAACUCCAACCCUAACCCAAACUUUAACCCCAACCAAAAACAGUCGAUUUCUUUAGACCCCUCAUUAAACCACCCCCAACACCUACCCCCGGAGUGCAUCUCGAACGAUUUCGAAGCCUUAGCAGUCGGAUGCGGGGGCUCCCAAGAAGUAAUGGAAUUUCGAACACCCUGUAUACAACAACCGAUCGCCGGAUUUACUUGUCACGGAAGCUGGGAGGAAAAUAAUACGUUUUUCGUGAUUACGUCACCUUUAACGAGGCGAGCGACCGAUUCGAUGCGAUAUUGUUUCGUGUAUACGUUUAGUGGGGGUAGCAGGAAUGGUGGUGGGGGUAUGAUGACAGUCGCCGAUAUGAAUAUGGGGUUUGGGAGAGGUGGAGGUGGAAACGGCGGUGGAAACGGGGGGAUUGGGGGUGCGUAUGGAAGCGGGCCCGGAAACGGAGCGCACGUGUUGAUGAUAAGCGGAUUGUCGGGAAAUUGUAAUCGCGAUGUUAUACCGGGUGUUAAAGGAACGUGGGCGUUUAAUUUUACGAGUAAUGGUACUUGUGCCGAAAAUCAACUAAGAAGUAACGGUGUUAGUUUGUUAUUAACGGCUGCGACAAUUUUGGAAAUAAUCGUAGCUUCAUGGGCGGCGUUGGUUAUCGUCAGAUGAUGAAGAAGAACCAAACAACCGACGUUGCACACUCUAUCGGAGGACUGAAGUAAUUAAUUAAUUAAUUAAUAAGGAUUAUUAAGGAAGAAAAAUUUUUUUUGGAGAAAACCGGAAAAAUGGUAGCUUAAAAUAAUGCGUAAAUAUUAUUACAUUAAAAUAUUUAAACAACCCGAGAAGAAAAAAAAAUUAAUUAAUUAUUAGAGACGUUUUUUAAAAAUUAAAAAAAAAAUAGUGAAUUAAUUAAUUAACAUCUUAAAGUGGAAAAUUAAAAUUAGAGUUUCUCGUGAUGAGCGACGAAAUCCAGACAUAUCAAGGUGGCUUUGAAAAAAAAUUUUUUGAAAUUUUGAUAAAAGAUGUCGCUACUGGUUUCGGCUCAACGACGAAAACUAAAAUUAAUUAGUUAAAAAGUACCAAAGACGCGAAAAAAAUUUUAAUCGAUUAAAUU